AUGGAGCCGAAGACGUUCUUAGUAGAAGCUGGAAGACUAGUCCUCUACUCACUCUAUCCCUUGUACAUGCUGUAUAUAAAUUUCAUAUUUCUGGGUCUCUUCAUCUUGGAUCCUAAAAAGUUUGGAGAUGCCGGUGUUCUAGUACUUUUCAUCAUUUUUAAUAUUUUCCAAACAUUCAUAAUUGUUUAUUACAUUUUAAUCUUCACUUCAGAUAGCAAAAGUACACAGGACAUCUUUCCUAUGACUUCCGAUAGAAAAAUUGAACGAAACUUUAGUAAUAUCAAUCCAUUUAUAGCCGAGGCAUUACAGAGAGGCUCCAUAGAAAAGACUCAUACAUGUGGCAUAUGCCAAACGUAUAAACCACCACGUUGCCAUCACUGUAGUAGAUGCAACAAGUGCUAUCUAAAAAUGGACCACCAUUGUCUGUUCCUUGAUGUGUGCAUAGGCUUUCACAAUUAUAAGUUCUUUCUUCAAUUCCUGAUCUCAAAUGUGAUAUUUAUAAUAUUCUAUGUCACAAUUGUUGAUGUUGACACAUCAUUGACCACUAACGCCCUAGAUGCCGAAACAAUAGUAAACCUGGCCAUAUCUUCUACUUUAUCUGCGAUCAUUCUAGUAAUAUUUUGUCUAACCUUGGUUUUUCAUCUCUUUCUUAUUUCAAAUAAUGAAACGACGAUAGAGUUUUUUGCAAUAAAUUCGUAUCUGGAGGGUGAUCACUCAUAUAGACACGUAUUCCAAGAAGGCCCAAUAACGCAAUUCAGUGAGUCAAAAGAUAGAAGACACCUCAAUCCUUACAAUCUGGGAACUAAGGAAAAUUGGAAGGAAAUAUUUGGGAACAGUAUUAAGGAAUGGAUAUCGCCGUCGUUCACUUCGUCAGGGGAUGGCAUUACUUUCAAGAAGAACACCGUUGAAAAAGACGAGAUAUUCUUUAAAAUAUAA